ACAAACAUUUUUGCUGGCUCUGCAACAGUUCAAAACGGUUUACAGGUCUAGCUUUAAAAUGCCAAAUGGAUAACGUAUCCUGUCAACUGUUGGUUUGCUCAGAGCAACUGCAGAAGCCAUUCACAAUGACCUCCUCAGUGCAGAAGCUUAGUCACUAAGUAUGACAGUAGUCAACAACAUAGAUGUUUUGGGGGGACUAUUGUGGCACUGUGUGCUAAGCCCAAACUCAUCACUCCUUUGGCUCUAUGGAAGAGGCGAGUGCUUCAGCUACUUGUAGCAACAUUAUGGGAGGUGGCUUUAGAGGUCUGGUCUGAAGCGUUUUGUGUAGAGAGAAGGUGAAAUGUUUGUCACCGUGCAGUUUGGAGAGGGCCAAACCGAACUGUUUAACCUGAACUGCAGGGUGAUAGACUUCAUCCACAAUUUGAAGGAGAGAUGUUAUCUGGAUUCUCAAGACUGCGUGGACCUGAUGGACAGGACAGGGGAGCUGGUGAACCUGAGUGAAAAGGAGAAGAGCAUGGAGCAGGCCAGCAGUAUGAUGAAGGAGAGGCACAGCUAUGUUCUCAUACGCAUCUGCAGAGGUGAUGGGACUGAAGGGCAGAAGUAUGUGCCACUCCUAAAUGACCUUAGCAAGAGCAGUCCCGAGUUAGCAGAGGUCCUAAAGAAGCUGUCCAACCCCUGUAAGGAGCAGGACAAAAAGGGUGGUCCCUCAAGGAAAGGCUCUGUCAACCAGAUCCGGCGCAAGCCCACUGCUGGAAACAAGAAGAGCCAUCCUGGAAGACUUAAAGAUAUGAAGAAAGGAGAGGAGGAAGGCUGAAAAAGAUGGUGAUGGACAUGCAUGUGUAGAAAGCUGUGGACCACAAACAUGUAAUUGUGUUGGUGCUGUGGUUCUCUUCACUCCAAUUAUUUUUUACUUAGGUAAAUUUAGGUUGAUAAAUUAACAUUCCCACAUAUCCCUGGUAAAAGUAAGAAUGGCAUUUGAAUGUAGCUUGUCACCUGUGUGUACUAAAAGCUGGUAUUGGCCCAGAAAUGUUUUUACUAAUCUAGGAUUAUUUGGCUAAAUUAACACAGGCAGCCCAAUUAUAUGUAAAAGAGCUGAUCUUAUUGGUCAAAAGAUCAAUUAAUGGAAAAUAUCAGAAUUGGACUGCCUGUGUAAACUGCAGCCUAAUGUGAGAAUGAGACUAUAUGGACCAUUGGACUUAAAGGCAUAUAAAUGUAGCCUGAGGCUACUUAUCCAUGUAUUCAUAACAAUUAAUAAUGUUUAAAUUAAAUUAUUAGUUGACCAACUAAUAAAGGUAGCCUAUAUAUGUACUGAACAACAAUAUAAAUGUUAGUCCCAUAUUUCAUGAGUUGAAAUAAAAGAUCCCAGAAAUGUUCCAUAUG